CAUCGGGUUUAUUUUGGCGAGAGUGGAACCUCUCGCUUCGCCUGAUCCUCUCUGAGGUGACAUUGUUUUGAUUUUGAACGUUAUUUUUGUGGAGUAAAGAAAGACCUAGCUAGCUACUGACUGAACUAAAUAGGCUACCCUACUCCCAGUCGUCUGAAAUAUGUCUAAACUACAGUUGUUGCGUGUGUUUUUAAAUGAGCGCUUAACGGCGGCUGCUGUGGAGAUUUUCGGGGCAGUUGAGAAAACGGUAGUGGAAUACCAGGAGGAGAAUGAUCGGCUACGGAGACUGUUGGGAAUCACACCGGAGAUAAAACUAUGUAGAAUAGACUCCCUGCAGCUCUCUGUCUCUGAAGAGGAGGUUCCCCCUGAGCAGCAGCACUGUGAGCAGGAGUGGAGCCCCAGUCUGGGGCAGAAGGACCCAGAGACCACACAGAUUAAAGAGGAACAGGAGGAAGUCAGGACCAGUCAGGAGGAAGAGCAGCUUCAAGGGCGCUUUGAUACCAAAGACUCCAUAUCCACUACUUCCUGUGUGAAAAGUGAAUGUGAUCAGGAGGACCCAUGUCAAGAAGCCGUACUAGCUGAAUACCCAACUCUCAGUCCACUGAAAACAUCUAAACUACAGUUGUUUCGUGUGUUUUUAAAUGAGCGUUUAACGGCAUCUGCUGCUGUGGAGAUUUUUGGUGCGGUUGAGGAAACUGUAGCAGAGUACCAGGAAGAGAAUGAUCUGCUACGGAGACUGCUGCGGAUCACACCAGAGAUACAACUAUGUAGAAUAGACUCCCUGCAGCUCUCUGUCUCUGAAGAGGAGGUUCCCCCUGAGCAGCAGCACUGUGAGCAGGAUUGGAGCCCCAGUCUGGGGCAGGAGGACCCAGAGACCACAAAGAUUAAAGAGGAACAGGAGGAAGUCAGGACCAGUCAGGAGGAAGAGCAGCUUCAAGGGCUCUUUGUUACCAAAGACUCCAUAUUCACUCCUUCCUGUGUGAAAAGUGAACGUGAUCAGGAGGACCCACUUCAGUCCUUGACCCACAUUAAGGGUUUCUACAUUCCGUGUGACCCUCCAGAUAAUCAAAACAUUGUCUGCAGCCACAGUUCAGCUGUAACCAAUGACCCAGUAGGGCUUGACAACAGCCCACCAUUGGAUCCCAGCCCAUUAUUGGAUCCCAGCCCAUUAUUGGGGGAACACUGUUCCAAACCCAGCAUCACGUCUAGAAAAAUUCACCAGUGCCGUGACUGUGGUAAAACGAUUCCUCUGAAAGCUGACCUGCAGAGGCAUAUGACUCUCCCCAAGAAGAGACCCAGUGAAUGCUGCUUCUGCAAUAAACAGAACACUUCCACCUGUAAACGGAAGGCCCAUGUCCGACUCUGUCAUGGUGGGAAACCCUAUAUCUGCCCUGUUUGUAGCAAGACCUUCAAAUACAAAGGAGAUCUGUCCAGGCACAUGAGGAUUCACAAAGGAGAGAAACCCUUUAUCUGUGGUGACUGUGGGAAAAGCUUCAAUCAGAAGGGGAACCUAACUGAACAUGUACUGAUUCACACAGGAGAGAAACCAUUUAGCUGUGGUGACUGUGGGAAAAGCUUCAGUCAGAAGGGACACCUUACAGUUCAUAAACUGACUCACACAGGUGAGAAACCUUUUAGCUGUGGUGACUGUGGGAAAAGUUUUAGUCAGAAGGGGAACCUAAGCAUUCAUAAACUGACACACACGGGAGAGAAACCAUUUAGCUGUGGUGACUGUGGGAAAAGCUUUGGACUCAAGCGGCACCUAACCAUGCAUAAACUGACUCACACAGGAGAGAAACCAUUUAGCUGUGGAGACUGCGGGAAAAGCUUUAAUCGCAAGGAGGUCUUAACCAUGCAUAUACGGACUCACACAGGAGAGAAACCAUUUAUCUGUGGUGAGUGUGGGAAAAGCUUCAGGCAUAAAGGGUCCCUUAAGAUACAUAUAUUGUCUCACACAGGAGAGAAACUCUUUAGCUGCGGUGACUGUGGGAAAAGCUUCAAUAAGAGGGGGAACCUAAACAUGCAUUUACGGACUCACACAGGAGAGAAACCAUUUAGCUGUGGAGACUGUGGGAAAAGCUUCAAUCAGAGGGGGAACCUAACCACUCAUAUACGGACUCACAGCAGAGAUAAUUCCUUUCGCUGUGGUGACUGUGGGGAAAACUUCGAUGAGAAGGGGCACCUAACUGAACAUAUACGGACUCACACAGGAGAGAAACCAUACAGGUGUGGUGACUGUGGGAAAAGCUUUUAUCAGAAGGCGGACCUAAAGAGGCAUAUACUGACUCACACAGGAGAGAAACCUCAUGGUUGCUCCGUCUGUGGUAAAGGAUUCACUCAUAAAUCUCAUCUGCUGAGGCAUGUGGAUAAAAUCCACAAGGGAAGAAAACAGGACAGAAACUGAAAGAGGAAAGAGCAUUAGGACAAAGAGAUUGUUUGUCAGGUAAGUGAAUAAAAAGGCAGGAUGUGGACAAAUCUCUUAGGAAGCAACAGUGAUAUGGCCCUCAUCAAAUAUGCAGACGAAAUGGCUCUGGUUGCUUGCCUGAAGGUCAAGUCCAUCUCCAGCUACUCCCAGUUCAUUGACUGCCUCUUGACGUGGUUUGACAAUAGCUUCCUUGACCUUAACGUCACCAAGACUAAAAAACUGUGCCUUGGAGGAAAGAAAGCUGGGGAAAUGGAAGCCCUUCUCUCGAGGAAAGACGUGGAGCAAGUGACACAUUUUAAAUACUUGGGAACAAUUUUCGGCCACAAACUUAGCUUCCAGUAAAACACUGACCUCAUCUACAAAAAGGCAAGGCCAUUUCUUUCCCUACUUAAGAUAGUAUGACGUUUUAAUGCAAGCAAACUCACACUGAUCGUGGUAUACAAAUCCCUGAUUGAGUGUUCUCAAUUCCAAUUCGGGUACCUCUCAGUGAUAUUUAUUGUUUUGUUUCAUUCUGACAUGUAAAUGUUUAAUGUGUUUGUUUUAUGUGUGUUUUCAUCCAUUUAUUGUAACUCAGAGUGCCAACGACACAUUUGCAUUCAGUUUAAACUUAAUGGACAUUAAAGUUUGUCUUAUCUGCUUAUUUUAAAGCUA